GCGCUCGUACCAUACGUAUACAAUAACAUUCUUCCUUCCAAACGAUUUAUUUACGCUUGCCCUCUACUAUCUAUGUCGAAUCUGCUGAAAGCUGCCCGUAUUUGUGCAAGUCCCGUUUGCCGCACUCUUCAUCCUGGAUCGAGCCUAGCCCCUAAAUUAGGAACCACGUUCACAAGACGAGCGCUCAUUCAUAGUGGUCAGCCAAACAACAACUCACUGACAGGGAAACGAAUCAAUGAAGAAUCGGCUACGGGAACGGAGGGCUUCCAUCUCAAGGACUCGGCCGCAUCUAAGCAGGGUCUAACAACUCCUGAUGCAGUUAGCACAUUGCCCACUAUCGUCCGAGGUGAUUGGGUUCUUUUUCAUCCUGUAUACUCCCAGGAAGAAAUCAAAGCCGUCGAGGUGCUUCAAAGGGAAGCGAAAACCAUAUCGGACAAAUUUGCAUACAAUCUUGUCAAGCUGACGAGAUGGGGAUUCGAUCUUGCGUCCGGUUACAAGCACAAGCCGAUCCCCGCUGAUAGCAAGAUGUCGCUCGAAGAACUCAAAAAGGGCGGAUAUAUCUUGGACGAGAAGGCGUGGCUAAGUCGCAUCCUUUUUUUGGAGACGGUUGCAGGGGUACCAGGAAUGGUGGCUGCAACGCUCCGCCACCUCACCAGCUUGCGUCUCAUGCGCCGAGACUCUGGUUGGAUACAUACAUUGCUGGAGGAAGCCGAGAAUGAAAGAAUGCACCUAAUGACCUUUAUGACCUUGCGAAGACCUUCAUUAUUAUUCCGAGGUCUGGUUUUAGGGGCGCAGGGCGUGUUCUAUAACUUGUUUUUCCUGUCCUAUAUGAUAUCACCAAGCACAUGUCAUCGAUUUGUUGGAUACUUAGAGGAAGAGGCCGUAUUAACCUAUACUCGAUGCAUCCAGGACAUCGAGGCUGGACGUCUACCUGAAUGGAGCAAUAUGCCUGCUCCCGAGAUUGCCAAGGACUAUUGGCGUCUAGACCCUGGCGCAAAACUACUAGAUGUCAUGUACGCCGUGCGGUCUGAUGAAUCCACGCAUCGUUUCGUGAACCAUAGUCUGGCUAACCUGAACACCGAGACCGACGUAAACCCAUUCGCUCUCCGGGAGCCAGACAUGCUUGUAAAAGGACGCAAGCUUGGAUUCUCGAGGGAGGAAGCCGAAAAGUACGUGCAGGAGUCGCACCAGAUGCUUGAGCACGGCAAAGUCGACUCGAAAUAGCCGACCUGGUAGCAAUCUCGGACAUGCCACGGACCGCCAUCCGUUUAACGUUAAACCCCCACUCGAUUUACAUACACCUUAGUUAAUGUUAAUAGCAUUCUAAAUAGCUUUUGCAGGUAAACCCUAAAGUCAGGUUAGGGUUUGAUGACGUGACGUUAGCCACU